AGCGCACUUACCUUUGGAUCACAAAUCACCAAUUCCUCGAGAUCUGUUCUCUCUCAUCGGUCAGCUGUUAUGAACUGAGUGAAGCAGUUGCACCGAGAAAGACAGAAACUCAAAAUCAAUUUCAAACAAAACAGAACAGAAUGCAAUUCUCACUUCAGACUUUACACUUUGCGAUGUAAAAAUAUGAACUAAAUGUUUAGUGUCUACCUUGGUUGGAGGCAAAAUCCGUACUCUUUGAGAGUGGAGAUAUUAGUUGAAUAUUGCGUUAUGUAGGAAUGUAAUGGCGGGCAUUGCGGGUAUGCAUGACUUUCUAGAUGGUGAUGGUGGUUUUGAUGAUGAAAUUGUAGAAAACUCUGGUGAAUGUGAUGAAGCCACAGAAGACGGGCUGUUGCAGCAUUGUAAUUUAAAUAAUGUUGUGAAUGAUCACCUAGGUAUGAUAGAACGGUCAGAAGAGGGUUUAAGUGCGGAAAUUUUGGAACCAUGUAUUGGGAUGACUUUUUCUUCGUUAGAUGGUGCAAGGGAUUUCUAUUAUGAUUAUGCUAAGCGUAUGGGUUUCACCAUAAGAACAAAUCGGAUUAGACACUCGCUAAAGAACAUGGCUAUAAUAGGGAGGGACUUUGUUUGCUCGAGAGAAGGUUUCCGUGCUGCAAAACAUACGCUUAGAAAUGACAGGGUUCUUCCUCCACGACCAAUUACGAGAGAAGGGUGCAAAGCAAUGAUCAGGUUGGCAGCACGGGAUGGCAGUAUAUGGGUCGUUACCAAAUUUGUCCGAGAGCACAACCACAAGCUAAUGACUCAUUGUAACUUUCCUGGUGAACUGCCAAUUGUCAAUAUACUUAGUGAGGAAGAGAAGGAUAAGAAGAUCAAGGAUCUAUAUGAUGAGCUUCAGUAUGAAAGAGAACGGACUGCAACAUACAGACAACAGCUAUGCGUGAUUCUCAAAGAUCUUGAGGAGCAUGCUCAAUUCAUGACCUUAAGAGUUGAAGACAUUGUUAAUAGCAUGAAAGAAAUUGAACUUGGUGAUCUAUAAUUUCAAAUCACUGUCUAAAACCUUUUUUUUUUUUUUUUGACCCUGUUGCCAAUUGAGAGCUUUGAAUUACUUAACCAUAACUUGGUGCCGCCUGAA